AAGUCACACAACAAGCAGAGACACAGACACACACACAGUCCUGUAGGACGCCCACGUUCAGGGGUUGAGACUAAGAGUGGGUGUGCGAUGGGUUGAACAAUUUGCAUAAGUCAACUAAAAGUGAGCGCUGACAUUGAACGAAUUAAGCAAUUUGACUUUGCCACAAGGCAACCUCCCUGCCACACCCUUUUACAAUAUGCAACCAAUGGCUUAGUAUAUAAGCGUGCGGUGUCGACAGUGUCAGCAUCAGUCGAGUUCCAACUGUUCCAGCCAAAUACCAGCAACAUGUUCAGCAAAGUUACCGUCACCUUAAUCGUGCUCCUAGCUCUCUUCGCACUGAGCAGCUCCAAGGAGAACAAGAUUAGAAUGUGCAGCGAUAUGCUUAACAAUGUGCUGAGCCAAAUGUGCGAGGAAACGGGCUUCAAUGGAGUAAUGAAGCGCGGCGCAUUUUCGAGCUAUGAUCUCAUUGAUCCCAUUCAAUACAUUGAGGCCAAGGAAACUGCAGAUGUAUUGCCAUAUCCACUGGCCAAUGGACGCAUGCGUAAUGUGUAUAGGAACAAUGUGAUUAACUCGCUGACGGCCACACGACGCCAUAGCCGUGAGGGCAUCAUUGAGGAAUGUUGCAUGAGAUCCUGCACUAUGGGCGAGUUGAGCACCUACUGCAACGCCCCUGCAUAGGCGAUGUCCUUAGAGCUGCAAGCACCACGAUCAGAGUACAUGAACCUGAAAUAUUAUCUACUUGUAUUAGCUUAUCUAAACAUAUAUAAACGUAUUACUAUUC